AUGGCGUCCACCGUCUAUCUCGUCCGCCACGCCGAGUCCGAGCACAACGUCUCGCAAGACUUCUCUCAACACGACCCGCCCUUGACCUCUCUCGGCCGCACCCAGGCUGCUCAACUCGUCACCACAUUUCCCAGUCCCGAGCGCAUCGCAGUCGUAGUUACAUCCCCACUACGGCGUGCCAUCCAGACGUCUUUGGCUGCAUUCAGCCAUGUGCUUGGCAAACAGUACUUCCCUCCCGCCUCGGGUCUUGGCAUGGACAACGGCGCCGCCCUCGUUCUAGAUGCAGACCUGCAAGAACGAAGCUCCAUGCCUUGCGACACUGGCUCACACCCCUCAGUCUUGGACAAGGAGUUCCUCAACUUGGACCUGGGGCGCCUGCAUGAGAACUGGGAGGCCAAACAAGGGCCGUACGCCCCAGACGAUGAAUCAGUGAGAGCGAGGGCAAAAAGGGCAAGAGCAACACUCGAGCAAAUGGCAAAAUCCUUCACCGGCAAGGAGAAGAAGGACAUUGUUGUUGUCACACAUGGCGUCUUCAUGAAGUAUCUGUCUGGCGACGACGACAUCAAUCUGCCCAAGGCUGGGUGGAAACCAUAUACAUUCAAGAUUGACGGCGAGGAUAACGAGCAGACAUUGUUACUAUACGAGCACCCAGCAACUCAGUAGCACAAUAAAGCUGGUCAUUGGUGUGUGUGUACCCAUAUAUUAAUAUAUAUGCAUAUAAAACAAGGUACACGAUCAAGAAU